GUUGUUGGCAGUAAAAUCUAUGACACGACUUAAAGAAUUAUCUAUUAAUAUUAAGUACUGAAUUGCCGUUCUAUUAUUAAUGUCGUUAGCGAAAUGCUCGACGACUCUUUUGUCUUAUAAACAAUUUAACUGUCCUAGUUUGAAUUAUAUCAUAUUUACAAUGCAUGAAUACGCAUAUUUUAAUGGUAAAAUGACAAUAUAUUGCACUGUCAGUAGAAGACAAUAGGAUCAGCAUGUCGGGUGAAAUAAGCGAAGAGCAGAAACAAGAUAUCAAGGAUUGGUUUGACAGAUUUGAUACAGAUAAAGAUGGUAAACUGUCUAAAGAAGAAAUAACACAAUUGUUACGAGUGGUAGGAAAUAAUCCUACAGACGAUGAUAUCACACAAAUAUUUAAAGAAGUUGACCUAGAUGAUAGUGGUCUUAUAGAUCUAGAAGAAUUUCAAACAUACUAUGUAAACACCAUAGCGAAUGUGGACGAAAAACAAUCUCUUUUAGAAGCCUUCAAAUGCUUUGAUCAAAAUAACGAUGGUUUCAUCGAACGGGACGAAUUAAUGAAAUUCAUGGAGGACUUAUCAGAGGAACAGGCACAAGGAAUGAUUGACAUUGCCGACAAAAAUGGCGACGGAAAAGUUAACAUUGAAGAGUUUGUUGAAAUGAUGAUGGCGAUAUAGAUGACGUAAACCAUUGAACAAAUACAAAUCAAUAGCAUCAUUAGCCGGAGUCUUAUAUCAACAAAAUUGAAAGAGUUUGUGAAGAUUAUUCCUAGUUACUGUCUGAUUUUUUUUUUAUUUUACAUUUCUGUUUUGUAUACAUUCACGUCUAUUGUUAUUGCCUAUGUGGAAUAAACAAACACGCAACAAACGUAGGAUACAAAAAUUCAGUUUAAAAGAAGUCCGAUGAUAUAAAUAGGUUACAGAAGAAACUUGGCAAUAUGACAAUGGUCAAAAUAGAUUAACAAAGGAGUAUUUAUUUAGUACUGUAUUAACUGAAAUGCCAAGCUAAAAAUGUUUGUAUCUUUGGGAUUUUGUGAGUCUUUAAGUUGUAUCAUUGCUAGACAUGCAUACAUACGAAAUUUUUUUUUGAUUUUUUUAUUACCAUUGAAGAAUUAUUAGAAGACAUUUCUUGAUUUACAAAUCUUAUAUAUGAGUACUUCAAUAACUGACAUAUUUGCUGACUAGCUUGUCUGAUGGUUCUGACAGUGUUCUAGUUUCUCGGGGCAGAAAGGUGCUUUUGAAAAAGGGAACUUCAGUGCGGCGCUGUAUAUUUUUAGGGCAAAAUUGUAGUAUAUUGAGGGGUGGGUUUUUUUGCUUUUUUUUUGUAUAUGUUUGGUUCUUUUUGACAACUAUUUUUAAUUUAGGAUUUGGUUUUAAAAACCCGCCUAGACAAACCAACAGAAUGUAGCUCUCUUUAAUCAGAAAUAAUUAUUUAGAAUGUAUACCUUUGUUAUUAUUUAUUUCAUCCUCAAUGAAGUUUAAACACAUACAGUAUUUUAUUAUCAAGAACACUAAUGUUCUAGUGACAAAGCUUAACAAUUUCCUUAUUAAAACAGAAGACCUUCAUUUAUGUCUAAAAUGCACCACUGAGAUGAGUAAUAUUACAAACAGUGGUAAAAAAAUGCACUAAAAAUCUAACAAGUAAAGUAGUACCAUACAAAACUCUACAAUCAUACAAAAACACAUAACAUUAGAUUAAACUGUCAACAAAAUACUAAAGUUAACAAUUUUCAUACUAAAAAAAUAUUGCAAAUCAAUGGUUCAUAAAAAAAAGUUAUCGGACGACGUAUAAAGUAAAGUCACAAAAAUUUAAUCGAAAAGUCCAUAAUCACAUGGCGAGAUCAAAUGACAAAACAUAUAAAAAAGAAUGGACAAAAACUGUCACAUUCCUGACUUGGUAUAGGCAUUUUCAAACGUAGAGCAUGUUGGAUUAAACCUGCUUUUAUAGCGCUAAACCCCUCACUUUGAUGACAGUUUCAUUAAACUUCGUUAUAUUUAGAAUGAUGCGUGAACUAAACAGACAUAAUUUUUUAAGUACUCAUAUAUAAGAUUUGUAAAUCCAGAAAUGUCUUCUAAUAAUUCUUCAAUGAUAAUAAAAAAAAUCCAAAAAUAAAUCAUAUGUAUGCAUGUCAAGCAAUGAUACAACUUAUGACCAUUGCACAAGGUCAUGUUUUUCUCUGGCUGUUUAUGACGUCUUUACACUAAAUCAAUUGGAUGUUGGAUGUGUACGGAUUGAUAGUUUAGUCUUAGAUGCAUGAUUUUUUAUUAGUUGUUAGUGGCUUGGAACUAGCUGUCUGAUAACUGCAAGUCCUCUCAGAUCUGUUCAUUGUGUCUUUUUGUGUCGGGAUGCAUAAGUACCAUCAAACAUAUAACAUAAGGCUAAACUUAAAAAAAAAAUGAUGUUAUUGAAUCACACACUUCUUCAAUAAGUUUGCUGAUUUAUAGCUAUAAAAAAAAUGAAUAUACUACUCUCAUUUCUGUACCUGUUCAAAGUCACUAAUCUUUCUCUGUUGGGAAUUGGUUGCUACAAUAAACUUAUUGAUCUUUUCUGUUGACGGCAUUUACUAUUAAGCCAGACUCGGUUAAAUUUAUAACAUGUUUUCCUUGUUGUUGUU